AUUAAAAAAUAAAGGGAGGACCACACACAAAUUCCCACUCCUCCAUGAAGGAACAGGGAAUUUCCGUUCUGUGAGGCAAUCAGCCUUCCAAAGCUGACCAAAUAUCACUAUUUAAACCCUCCUCCUUCGUCUCUCUUCAUCUUCAUCUUCAUCCACCUCCAUUGAUCUUCUCUUUCUCUGAUCUCGAUCCGCCAUGGUUUUGUCCAAGACUGUUUCUCAGUCGGAUGUCUCCGUCCACUCUACCUUCGCUUCUCGAUAUGUGCGAACCUCUCUCCCGAGAUUCAAAAUGCCGGAGAAUUCGAUCCCUAAGGAGGCUGCGUUUCAGAUCAUUAAUGAUGAGCUCAUGCUCGAUGGAAACCCUAGGCUGAAUUUGGCAUCCUUCGUCACCACUUGGAUGGAGCCUGAGUGCGAUAAACUCAUCAUGGCCGCUAUUAACAAGAAUUACGUUGAUAUGGAUGAAUAUCCCGUCACUACAGAGCUUCAGAACCGAUGUGUGAACAUGAUAGCUCACUUGUUCAAUGCCCCAUUGGGGGAAUCUGAGACGGCGGUGGGAGUUGGAACUGUGGGAUCGUCGGAGGCCAUAAUGUUGGCUGGUUUGGCUUUCAAGAGAAAGUGGCAGAACAAAAUGAAGGCUGCAGGCAAGCCCUAUGACAACCCCAACAUCGUCACUGGAGCCAAUGUCCAGGUAUGCUGGGAGAAAUUUGCGAGGUACUUUGAGGUAGAACUGAAGGAAGUGAAAUUGAGCGAAGGUUACUACGUGAUGGAUCCACAGAAAGCUGUGGAGUUGGUUGAUGAGAACACCAUCUGUGUUGCAGCCAUUUUGGGUUCCACACUCAAUGGAGAAUUCGAAGAUGUAAAGCUCUUAAAUGAUCUCUUAAUCGAGAAGAACAAGGAAACUGGAUGGGAUACCCCUAUUCAUGUUGAUGCUGCGAGUGGAGGGUUUAUUGCCCCAUUCAUUUACCCUGAUCUAGAAUGGGAUUUUAGGCUGCCCCUUGUUAAGAGUAUUAAUGUGAGUGGCCAUAAGUAUGGGCUUGUUUAUGCUGGAAUUGGUUGGGCUAUCUGGAGGAACAAGGAAGACUUGCCUGAAGAACUCAUCUUCCAUAUCAACUAUCUUGGAGCUGACCAACCCACUUUCACCCUUAAUUUCUCCAAAGGAUCUAGCCAAGUUAUUGCUCAGUAUUACCAAAUGAUCCGGUUGGGUUAUGAGGGAUACCAAAACGUGAUGGAAAACUGCAGAGAAAACAUGUUGGUUCUAAAGGAAGGACUCGAAAAAACGGGUCGUUUCAACAUCGUGUCGAAGGACAAUGGAGUCCCACUUGUGGCCUUCUCCUUGAAAGAUAGCACUCGUCAUACAGAGUUUGAGGUCUCAGAAAUGCUGAGGAGAUUCGGGUGGAUUGUGCCUGCCUACACCAUGCCUCCAGAUGCACAACACAUAACAGUCCUAAGAGUUGUGAUCCGAGAGGACUUUUCUCGAACACUUGCUGAGCGUCUGGUGUCAGAUAUUGAGAAAACGAUGCACGAGCUCGACAUCCUCCCAUCGAAGGCCGACAUCAUGAACACGGUGGCGAAGAAGAGCGAACUCGAGACACAGAGGGAGAUCACAACUGUUUGGAGGAAGUUUGUGAUGAACAAGAAGAAGACAAAUGGAGUUUGUUAAGAGUUGAAAGCAAGGGAUUAUGUCUAUGUGUGAAGUGAGAGCGGAUGAGCUUUGUAUUUGUGGAAUGAAAAUGUUUGUUUAGUGUUCUUGUUGUUAAAGAUGUUGCUUCUAUUAAGCAUACCUCCACUUUUGAAUUCGAGUGCAAACUUAUCAUCCUUUUCCUUAAA